UGACAAAAAUAUCCUCUAAAUACAAACUAAAAAUCUUUCAAGUACGAAAAAAAAUCCUCCAAGUACAAACUAAAAUCUUUCAAGUACAAAAGAAUCCUUCAAGUAUAAAAAAAAAAAUCCUACAAGUACAAAACAAAAUUCUACAAGUACGAAAACCUGUCACGUGACUUUUGGCACUAAUUUUCCGCCUUGCUGAUCCACACACACGCCUUCAGAUCCACACACAUGCUUGUAAAAUGGGAUGUAAUUUGCACUCCACAACAGCAGGUGGCGCUGUUACCGACUUGCUUGCCGCCGCCACGGACAUGGAAAGAGAAGAAGAAACGCUAGCGUGAGGAGGGUGGUUUGAACACGAUGAGCGGCCAACAGAAGUCGGACUAUGCCAAUAUUGAGAGUGCUGCACGGAACUUGCUGUCUCUCUUAUCAGCAAGUGUCAGUCAAGGGCAGGUUGAGGUUCCAGGCCAGAGCCAAGUUCAGGUUCAGAUUCAGGGUCAGCGUCCCAGCCAGGGAACUUUUCAGGAAUCAGGAGUCAGGAGGCAGGCCAAUGUGCAGCAGGAGAUGUCAAAGUUAGAGAAAGUACAAUGUGUCUACAAUGUAUGUAGAGCCAUUCAGAUUUUGUAUGAUAUGCCUUUCAAUUUACUGCACAGGUCUUUUCCUGCUCUUUUUCGAAGAGAACGAACAAGUGGAAAACGCAGGUUUCCAACACCACUUAAAAUGGUUUCAGCACCAUUUACAAAGGCCACAAAUAUUCAGUUUUAUUUACUCCCAAAACCCAUGACCAGAACUCCACAGGGGUCUCAGGAGCUCAGCCUGUUAAUGGCAGGCUUGGGAAAACGCAUGAUAUCAGUGUCUGAACACUGCAACCAUGAAGAGAUUUCAGCAAUGCUGCUGCUUGAAUUCCCUAAACUGGAGACUUUGUCUGGUGGAUGGCUGUUUCAUAAGGCAACUGGAGGGAGUGGCCAGAGAAAACUUGUGUUGAUCCCACCGGAGUCUGAAGGCUACACUGCAAAACUGCUUAAGACUGUGUCCAAUAAUGGAAGACACACGAUUUUCAUCGUUCCACUUCAAAAUGAAAUAGACACUACACCACUACCUUCUGAUGCCCCUGAAUUCAGAAAAAUGCCCAAAUCUCAGUGCAAGACCUGUGGAGAAAUUUUACCGUUACAAGUUUUGGCUCUGCAUGUAGACUCUUGUGGCAAGUCUACAACAGAAGAAGAAAAUGAUGAGAAUGCUGAUGAAAAACAAGAUCAGGAUGUUUCAUUUGUAUCCUGCAGCCAGAACACUUCAACAGUCGCUGCAGAGACUGUGUGUCCCAUUUGCCAAGUAGUGUACCCUGCUGACAUCAUUGAGAUGCAUGCCAGUGCCUGCAGUGAGAGGCAAUCAACUCAGGAGGAGCACUCAUUUGACAGCAGUGGAGUGGAUUUAGAAGCAAUGGAAGGACCAUCUGGCACAUCUUUUCAGAUUGCACCUUUGCAGAAUCUGCCAACAUGUUCUUCAGGACCUUCUGAUUCUACCAACAAAACUGAGUACUGGAAGACCAUACCAGACUUGGCAAUGGCUGCUCAGCUGUACAGGGAGACUGUACUUGACAUUCAUGCAUCAGGGAAGCCACUGCAUUUGCACAUUGACCUCAGAGGCAGCAAGUCGGACCAGGAAAUGGCUUUAAUUGCUUUUUAUAAAGCACGCCGUGUGGAGUGGGCAAAUCCUGUGCAAUGCAGACUUGAAGGUGAUCCUGCAAUCGGAGAGGGAGUGAACCGCUUCUUGUUCUCCAGAAUCAUGGAGAAGCUAAAAAAUGGUUUUAAGUUGAACUUUGGAAAUUCUGGUGAGACAAAGCUGUUUGAUGGAGAGCCAGACCAUCUUGUACCUUCAUCCUCUGCAUUCCUUGUUGAGAGUGACCUAUUUCUGAUGGCAGGCCGCAUGAUUGGUCAUUGCUUUUUGCAUGGAGGUCCUGCACUGACAGGCCUGAGCCCUGCGAUUGUUCACAUCCUGUGUGGGGGCACAGUUGAAACUGCCAUCAUACAAAUCAAUGACUGUCCAGACAUUGAUCUGCGGGAGAAAAUUACACUGCUUGAAGGGAGUGCUAAACUCUCAGCUGAUGAAAAGGAGAGCCUUGACAACUUGUGUCUUGCAUGGGACUUUCCUUUGAUGACAGAAAACAACCGAAGAUGGCUAUUUGAAAGGCUUCUAUGUCAUGCGGUUAUUGGACGUUUCAUGAGGCAAAUAAAGCAAAUAAGAAAAGGGCUUAAAGAAACCAUGUUGUGGCCACUCAUUAGUGAACGUCCAGAUGUAGCUCCAGUGAUUUUCCCUCGGGAGUCGAGUGCUUUCUUGACCCCACAGUGCAUUCUGGAACGCAUCAUCUGGCCUACAAUGACUGAUGAUGAUGACGACGACGAGUGUUCUGUAACAGAUAAGAGCCGCAUUGCAGGGUACCUUCGCCGGUUCAUUCAAAAUGCAUCCAGUGAUGAAUUGAAGGCACUCAUGAAGUUCUGGGUUGGAUGGGAGGCUCCUACAACUACUCUCACGUUAGAGGUGACUGACUGUAGUCUGCCAAAGUCUUCCACGUGCUUCGAGACCCUCCGUCUUCCUGUCCGCUACAAAGACUUCACUGUAUUUAAGGAAGAACUGAUUGCCUGCCUUCAAACAUGUGACACUGGAUUUGGAUUGGUGUAAUGGCAAUGCUAAAAUGUAGCUUCUUUCAAAGGGGCAGUUCUCAUUCAUGUUUUUGUUCAGUGUUGGAUAUCAAAUUAAGACUACGCCCCUUUACCUCCACAAACAGUGUGCAAAUGUAUUCAAAGAAUUCAAUGAAUGUCUUCAUCUGCCUUUAUCUUUGAGUCCUUCUAUGUUUUCCCAUCACUCUAAAAUCUGAUGCAGGUCUUUAGUCUUUUUAAUCAUCUUUCUGACACCUUCAAAACCUUUUAUUUCAACAUUUCCCCCAAUGUGACCAUGUUGCAUUGUCUCCUGGGUUGUUUGUUGUUGUCAGUUAAACUUAAGUUUCUGUAUUUUUGUUGUUGUUGUUCAAACCC